AUGUCUCUAUUGGAAGAGCUCCCGCACCCAUUGGCUAUACCUGGCACCGCGCCGACCGCGGACGAAGUCGACGUAGCCAUGCGCGAGUUGCCUGGCUUCCAGGAGAUUGUGGACGGGAUAGAAAAAUGUGCGAGUCGCUAUGAAACUUUCAAGAAAGAAGAGAGUGACUUAUUCAUGGACGAUACGUUUCAUGACUUCACGGACAUAGCAGCUUGUGACAGCCCAAGCGUCCAUGACAAGCGCAAGGCUAUAGAAACUAAACUCAAGGUCGUCGACAAACAAAUCAAGAUCCUCAUGAACAACUAUCUAAAAAUGUUUUAUCAAGAGUAUAGAAAGCAUAGCAGGGAUGAGUUGCGAAUGUGGUCUUUCCCUACGAUCGUAUGGCAGCACUACCAAAAGAUGUUCUGCGAUGUGACUAGGCAGCGGCCGGACUUUGAACUCGAUGAAUGCUUCGACAACGGCAACGUAGUACCGGGCAGCAAAUGGAAUGGUUGGGUGAAAGGCCAAGUAGAUGCAUUUCCUCCUUCUCUCAUAAUACACGGGAAAGAGGCCAAGUCCUUUUCUACCAGCCAGGGCUCAGAAUGCGAGAUGCACAUGGUGAACGGACACGGACAGCUUGUCCAAACGAUCUACCACGUACACUGCGGCCCUAAAUUGUGUGGCACAAGAGUAGAUGGAGGACCUGAAAUCGUAUGUAAACACCCGGGCCACGCACACCAGUUCACAAAGAGACCCAGAGAGUGGGAUCCCCAGAAAGGAUGGUACAGCGGUAAUCCCUACCGAUACAACCAUCGUCCAGCUCACUCCCGGUACGAGCCAGAAUUAGGUGCAUUUGUACAGCUAGAGAUUUGGGAGCCAUACUACAGCAACUCCGUCUACGUCGGCCAAAUGUCGCAACCCGAAGAUCACUACGACCGCGAAAGGUACCAGGAAUUCCACGAAUUCAAUGAGCUUCCUGAUGUUAGGAGCCAAGAGUGGAUGGAUGCGAUACCGGACGAAGCGGAUCCAGCCGUGUUCGUGAACGCAAAUGCAAAACGCGGGUGCCGUGACGCAACCUCCUCCAGUCUAGUCAUAUGA